AGAAGAAGCUGCGAAACGAAGCCAAACCGAUCACAAGGGGAGGCGUGGCUAUGCUGCUAGCGGAAAUGGGGUCAUACUGGAGGGCGCAGGGACACGAGGGUCCACCGAAAAAACAGACCAUACAGUGUGCCUGGGGUGGCGAUGGGGACCCAGAAAAACUGUGCGGAGCUGCACCUAUGCCAGCAAGGCAUCGCUAUCGCGGAGCAGGAGAAGCAAGGACUGCUAACAGGAUAAGGCUUGCAAGGGCUGCGUGCGCAUUUUACUUCUACUCCUCUCCCCUCCCUCACCGAUGAAAUAGUCGGAAGCUCCUCCCCUUCUGCCUCUCCUGAGGCGGGUCAGCUCAGCCAAAGCACCCGCCCUCCUGCGUUAAAUGGGCCAGCGAAGGGCAGCCCCCGGAAACGAGCUGUGCACUCCAGAACUGUGAACCUGUUUGGCAGCAUCAACUAAACGCAGAAACAUCAUGGCAGAGCAGGUGGCCCUGAGCCGGACCCAGGUGUGUGGGAUCCUGAGGGAAGAGUUGUACCAGGGUGAUGCUUUCCACCAAGCUGAUACACACAUAUUUAUCAUCAUGGGUGCAUCGGGUGACCUGGCCAAGAAGAAGAUCUAUCCCACCAUCUGGUGGCUGUUCCGGGAUGGCCUUCUACCCGAAGACACCUUCAUUGUGGGCUAUGCCCGCUCCCGUCUCACAGUGGAUGACAUCCGCAAGCAGAGUGAGCCCUUCUUUAAAGCCACCCCGGAGGAAAAACCCAAGCUGGAGGAGUUCUUUUCCCGUAACUCCUAUGUGGCUGGCCAGUAUGAUGAUCCAGCCUCCUACAAGCACCUCAAUAGCCAUAUGAAUGCCCUGCCCCAGGGGAUGCAGGCCAACCGCCUAUUCUACCUAGCCUUGCCCCCCACAGUCUAUGAAGCUGUCACCAAGAACAUUCAAGAGACCUGCAUGAGUCAGACAGGCUGGAACCGCAUCAUAGUGGAGAAGCCCUUCGGGAGAGACCUGCAGAGCUCCAACCAGCUGUCGAACCACAUCUCCUCUCUGUUCCGUGAGGAUGUUAUGCAGAACCACCUCCUACAGAUGUUGUGUCUGGUGGCCAUGGAAAAGCCUGCCUCCACAGAUUCAGAUGAUGUCCGUGAUGAGAAGGUCAAAGUGUUGAAAUGUAUCUCAGAGGUGGAGACCAACAAUGUUGUCCUUGGCCAGUAUGUGGGGAACCCCAAUGGAGAAGGAGAAGCAACCAAUGGGUACUUAGAUGAUCCCACAGUGCCCCGUGGGUCCACCACUGCCACCUUUGCAGCAGCUGUCCUCUAUGUGGAGAACGAGCGGUGGGAUGGGGUACCGUUCAUCCUGCGCUGUGGCAAAGCUCUGAAUGAGCGUAAGGCUGAGGUGAGACUGCAGUUCCGCGAUGUGGCAGGCGACAUCUUCCACCAGCAGUGCAAGCGUAACGAGCUGGUGAUCCGUGUGCAGCCCAAUGAGGCUGUAUACACCAAGAUGAUGACCAAGAAGCCUGGCAUGUUCUUCAACCCUGAGGAAUCAGAGCUGGACUUGACCUAUGGCAACAGAUAUGAUGAACUCAGGGAAGCCUGGCGUAUCUUCACACCACUGCUGCACAAGAUUGAUCGAGAGAAGCCCCAGCCCAUUCCCUAUGUUUAUGGCAGCCGUGGCCCCACAGAGGCAGAUGAGCUGAUGAAGAGAGUGGGCUUCCAGUAUGAGGGCACCUACAAGUGGGUGAACCCUCACAAGCUCUGAGCCUUGGGAACGUACACCAUCGGCACUCUGCCCCUUUUGACCACCCCUCUGUGUCUGUCCUUCCUAUCACCUAUAUUGGAAGGACUUUGGGACCAUAGACCUUAGCCAAACAUUCCAGUCCCUGGGCUCAGGCCACCACUCUCUAUCCUAUGCUGCUGCCGCCCCUGCCACCGCCAUCACUGCUGCUGCUGCCACUGCCACCACCACCGAGCCCAGCUACAUUCCUCAACUACCAAGUGUUCAAAACUCACUGUAAUGCUUUCUGAGCCACCCGUCUCUCCACAAGACCUGAAUCACCUCCUCCCCUUACUCCAGCCCCUGCAAAAGGAAGAAUAGUCUAUCAGUCUGUCCCUAGACUCUUCAAGAUAGGAGUUAGAAACAAUGGGGGAAGAGCCUUGAGCCUCAGAGGGAUAAUGACCAUACCACACUCCCUAGUGUCUAUGGGCAAACUCCUCAAACCUCGAAGGAAGUGGUCAAGAAUACCUGUCUGAGAGGAUCUGCCCAUGGUCACUUAACAUUCCUCCUUAGCAGCUGGAAGAGACCUCAUACUGCCUAGCAAUAUUUCGGGGCCCUAGAUAUCCCCUAACCAACUCCAUACACCAUGGUCGUCCUCAUCCCACCCACAGGCAGCCUUCUCACCAAAGGAAGGCAGAAGUAGCAGCUAGGAUUUCCCUACCCAACCUUGCCAUUAAAUCUUCAAACAGUUUUACCUGUCCCCUUUGUCAUUUCUGCUUCACCAUCCAGGACCAUUAGUGUUCUAUAAAGGAACAGAAUCGAUUAAAAUAUAUGUAUUUGAGUUGCUCACAAGUUGCAGUUCAAGUAGUCCAACAAUGCUGUUUUCUGAUAGAAAGGCCAAGGAUCCCGUAGCUGUUCAGACUGUGAGACUGGAUAUCUCAACAGCCCCAAUCUCAUGCUGGAGUCCCAGUUUUCAGUCUAGGUUGGAAUCCUAAAAAAGUGGGUUCUAACACCAGCAAAGAAAUAAAUGGCUUGUAAAUAAGAAAGAUUAACUUGCCAGCAAGAGUGAGAGCAGGCAGGCAAAAAGCAAGUUUCCUUUGUCCAUGUCCUUCUAUGUGGGGUGCCACCAGGAGAUAUGACCAGAUUUAGGGUGGGUUUUCUGACCACAAAUGAUCUGGAUUUUGAGUGGGUCUUCCAGCUCAAAUAAUCUAACCAAGAAAAAUCUCUCAGUAAUAUACCCAGCUCCUUGGAUUUAGUUAAUAACAGAUGUAGUUGAGUUGAUGACCAAGAUUAGGCCUUCACACCAUGUUACCCUCUGAAUUUCUACCCCACCACCUGCUCCAUGCUUCCCCUCCUUUCCUGCCUCUCAUCAUCGUUACUUCUAAGGUGUCCCACAGUGGUUCAGGCAGGAGCCUGGGUCUGACCUUCAGUCUUUCUAACUUCUCCCUUAUAUCUGUUUCCUUCUAUCACUUGGUACCACUCCAUGGAUGUUUCUCAUUGAGACUAGCCUGAAGUACAAGGGCAAAUCACCCUUGCUUUUUACCUUCUACAUAAAUAUCUCUCCCACUUUAUCAUUCAUGUAUAUUAGCAAAGUAGCUAGUUUUACCCACACCCUGUCCCUGCCACACCCAAUAUUUAGGAAAGAGAGUUGAUGAAUUUAUAAAUUUUAUGAGUGACAUUAAAAGAAAGGAAAAGGGAAUAGAAGUGUUACUUUACCAGGCUUCUAGCCUAAGCAGCAGCUAAAGAGCCAGAAAUCUGAGCUUGUUUGAUCUACCAGUUACCUUCCUCCAAUAACCAUAAGGUGCUUCCAAAAGUGGGAGUUCAGUGUCAUCCUGCUGGAUGCCAGAAACCCAAAAUCAAAGUAUGAGGCAGUGCUCCCUUGGGAGGCUCUAGGGAAGACCCUUCUAUUUAUCAGUUUCAGAGGAUUCCAGAAAUUCCUGGUUUGUGACUGUCUAGCUUUUUUGCUCUUAGGGUACCUGUCACAUUAGGAUGUAUGCCCAUCUUACUCUGGUAUGAUAUCAGCUAACUACACCUACAGGUACCCUUUUGUCUGGUAAGCAGCAAUUUGGUUCAACACAUCACCUAUGCUCCCAACAAAGACAAUGGCCCUGAGUGUGGCAACCUGUUGAGCCCUGCUCUAAGUUGAGUCCUGGGGAUAUAGUAGGAAGCACCACCACCAUUACCCUUAUAUUCAUGGCCUUAGUUCUAAUAAGGGUGACAGGACCAAUGAUCAAAGAAAGGGCAGAGGAGCUAUACAGUAAGCAAACCAGUGGCCCAGAAAAUAGGCAGUUGAGGCACAAGUUAUCCUGGCAGCGAGCUAAAAUCAUGUAUCUAGGCCAUGCAGGACCUACUGUUCCAGGACUAGGAGGCCCUCAAGCACUCAGAAAGAGGCUAAUUACAAAAAAAAAAAAAAACAACUUGGGCUUGGCCCCUCUGUCUCCCAGUUGGGAAGGCAACUUUGUUUUCAGAUAGAGUUCUUGCUAUAUUAAGCAGUCUGAGCUCAAGCAAUCCUGCCUUUGCUUCCCAUGUAGCUGAGACUACAGGCAUGUGUCUAUCACCAGCUGUCCAGAGCUGCUUGUUUGAACCUUUAAGACCUCUCGCUAGCCUGCUAUUGAAAACUAGAUGCCCUGCUUUCCUAUACAGGACGACAAUACAGUGUGGUUAGGGUGAGGAUGGCAGGCAGGGCCUCAGACCAAAAGGAUGAGCUGAGGCCCCUUCCCAGAAGCCUGCAAGAAAAAAAUAGAUAAAGGCAAAAGAAACUUGAACAUUGGCAAGUUUGUUCUUGCCUGUUCACUAGGGUGGCAUAUGGCACUGUUGAGAAGAGUAAUCUUAGUGCCGCACAAUCUCAACAAAUAAUUUCUUUUUGAAAAAAGAGUGGGACAGAACCCAAGUAGGGCUAGAGAACACACAUGUCCUGUCUUUUAACCCUGAUAUAGGCAGUGAUCACAUCUCAUCCCAUUGCUGGGAGUUCAACAUCACAAUCUGACAUGAUAGGCUAAUUCACACAAAGGCAAAGGAGAUGUGGGCCCUUCUAAGUUUGUCAGAGCAGCACCUCUACCUACCACCAUACUGGAGUGUUAACUGCAUUCCCUGCUUUAAGUAGAAGUGGUACCUCCAGAUUGUGAGAGGAGUGGCUUCACCUGUAUACCAAAUAGUGGGGGAAGACACUUGAUAACAGAGACAAAUCAGACUUCUUUUUCCUUUGGUUUUUU